GAUUCAGAAACAGUACAGUCGUGCUCAACGUGUUAUGUUCACGGAGCUGUUCCUGCCCGUUAUGCUUAUUCCUGUGAGAAUCCGUCAAGUCAUUCUUUCGAGCAAUGUUAUGAAGAUGCAAGCCGAGGUCUACAAUGUCAAAGCACACAGUGCUGCUCCGAGUUCUGCCCUACUUGCCAUCACAGGAACAUGAGCACUGGUCUCCCUAACAACUUCAGUUCUGUAACCAAUUCCAUUGGACGGCAACAGUUUUCAAAGUUGGAGAAUAUCAAUAUCUUCCAUGCUCAAGCCAAGCACUCGAAAUCAUCAAGCCGAGAGAGCCUUCCACGCACCGCAGAGGCGAUAAGCGAAGAAUGUCAAAGAGACUCAGAGAGAACGCACAAUGGACGCGUGCUAGCUUACUCGCUCCUUCUUGGUCUUGGCUGUGUUCUACUCAGUUCAAUUUGGGCGCUUAUUCGUCUACUACCGGUAGCUCUCAUUCCAAUUGUAUACCUCAACAGAAAUAACUUAUUUGGAGAAACACCAUGGUUGCAAGACAAGAAGGCCGCAGAGGACAGUACAACGUAA